AGGAUUCCCAAAAAGUGGAAAUGGGAGGGUGAUCUAUUUGUCGACUUUGCUAAGAAUCAAGCCAAGAAAGUUUGUGAAGUGACGAUCAAGGAUGCGACUGAUUCGCACGAUAACGGUGCUCGCAUGAGUUUCAUGAUGGCGCAAACUAAUUCCAUCCGCAUCCAAAAACUCUACAAUGUUACGGAUCUCACACCGGUUUUUCGUGCAUGUGGAGAAGCCCAGCAAUUUGCCAGACUUGAAGCUUUGGAAAAUCAAGAUAGUCAGGCACUGCACGGACUGUUUCGUUACAUGUCAAUUCAGCGACAGGUUGCUGUUCUCCCGCUGUCGUUGGAUGGCGCAGAACUUGCUCUGCUUUUUAUUUUCAGCCCAUCAUUGGAUGCCCUUUGUAGGUUUUUGCGCGUACCAGAGCAUCUACGACAAAAUUCGCAGAACACCCAUGUUUUGGUAGCCCUGUUGCCAUGGCUGAUCUCGUCUGCCAAAUACAUCACAGGAACGACGCGUAACCGAGUCGAUAAAACCAUACAGCAGCUAUCGAUUCCGAGUGGUCAAUCGAAAGACAGCCGUCGUCGCAUACUGAGAGAGGCUGCCAUGGCUAUCGAUCUGCUUUCAAUUCCACGCGAGCUCUUGGAUUUCAUGCAGUUUUCAAACAGGAAAUAUUGUAUCUGGUCCUUCCCGGCCGACGGAGCAGCCUUGAAUCCUGGUUUUGAGACCCGACAACUUAAAUACGUACUGGACAAGACCAAAGCUAUGUCAGUUAGCCUUGACGCAGAAGCUCGGGUAAUAUUCAUUCAUGUCGGAGCCCUCAAGACUUUUCACGAGCUUUCUGCUGUGGUCACCAAGCGGCGCGACGCGCCUGAAGUUCGCUUUUUCACCUACGGCACACAUGAGUCUGUUCCGUCCAGCAGGUGGGGCAUGCGCGAGAUUUUCCCUUUGGGUGGUAUUGUCACCUUCACGCCUUUGGCUAUCGCCGAAGAUCCUAUUGGAUGUCACAGUUUGAUGCGUAACCUCGCGCAGCAUCCCCUCUGGGAAUGUUACCUGAUACCUUCGAUCGUGGGUUUGAGCCAUGCCCUGGCAUGCGGCAAGGAUAAGCCAGUUCCAGAAAUUACGAGUAUGGACUCGUGCCUUCUUCCCAUUCUGGACCUGGCAGACGCAGGCAGCAUCUCUGUCACGAAAGCGCCUACCAAACAUAAUGAUGACGCCUGGAUUGUCGAAACCCUUGAGCAGCAACUGUUGGAAGUAGAAGAUGUGCUGCGAGAAUGCGUUAAAAGCUCGAUAGAGCGCUUCGCUCACUCCAGCGAAUCUGACAUCCUGAUUGAAGCGGACCGGGAGAUUUCUCAGGAUCUCAUCAAUAUGGAGCUGCAGCCUAAGUUCAUGGACAAUUACCGCCGAUUUGUGGUCAUCAGAGCUGCAUCCGAGGACACUCGCAGCCUCCCUGAAGGCGGAUCGGGGGUAUGUAGUGUGAUUUUUCCAUCAGCGGCGUCUACUGACCUGACUUGUAGCUCGAGUGGUCUUCGCUAUCAAACUUUGCAUUUAAGGAUGAUUACUUCCUUGGAUCAUAGAUUUUAG